UGUUCCGCGGUAGCCCAGGGAAAUAGAGAAAGAGAGAGAAACAUUGGGAGAUAUACAGAGAGAAAGAGAGUAAGUCUUGCACACUCCUAACGCGGAUUUGAAGGUGAGAGUUUGAUAGCAGUGAUUUAUGGCGAUUUUGUCGAAGAAUUGUCAAUAAGAUACGGAGUCUUGUAGUCUGCUUGGCAUUUUUCUCAGAUAAAGACGCGGUGGCGGUGGCUUUCGUGGCAGAGCCGGCGUUCUGUCUUCCUUUGUUUCUUUUGAAUUACUGCUGCAUCUGACCAUUGAGGAAGACGGAUUUCGGAGCUUCUUCGUCUUGUGGUUAAGUCUUCUUUCGUUGUAAUUAUCGAGAUUGGAGGCAAAUUCUCUUAAAAUUGCCGUAAACAUGGAGCGGUAUGCCUGUGCAGAUGAAUACGAAAAGCUUGUAAUCCGGAUGGGCUCUCCCAGGGUUGUGAUCGACAAUGGUGUCUGCUCCACAGCGACUCUGGUCAAGUUCGAUAGCGCUAGAAGACAUGGAAUUCUCUUGGAUGCCGUACAAGUGCUCACUGAUUUGAAUCUUUCCAUUAAAAAGGCGUACGUAUCUUCUGAUGGCAAAUGGUUCAUGGAUGUUUUCCAUGUUACUGAUCAAAACGGAAACAAGCUAACAGAUGAGAGCGUUUUAAGAUAUAUGGAACAGUCACUCGGCAGCAUUCAUUAUGGCAGAACCAGUAUUUCAAACGGUCUCACUGCACUGGAGUUAACGGGAACAGACCGUGUUGGUCUUCUUUCAGAGGUAUUUGCAGUACUGGCCGAUCUACAAUGUGACGUAGUAGAGGCUAAGGUUUGGACUCACAAUGGCCGAAUUGCAUCCCUCAUCUACGUCAGAGACUGCAAUUCGGGGUCCACCAUUGAGGACUCUCAGAAAAUUAAUGGCAUUGAGGCACGAUUAAGGAAUGUAUUGAAGGGAGACAAUGACAUUAGAAGUGCGAGAACUUCGGUCUCUAUGGCUGCAAUACACACUGAAAGAAGGCUCCAUCAACUGAUGUUUGCCGACCGUGAUUACCAGAGGAACCCCAUUUUCAAGGCAAGUUCCGAUAUUCCAGUAGUCACCGUUCAGAAUUGGGCAGAAAGGGGCUAUUCCGUUGUGAGUAUUCAAUGCAACGAUCGAACAAAGCUCCUUUUCGAUGUUGUUUGCAACUUGACGGACAUGGAAUAUGUUGUUUUUCACGCAACUAUCACCACAACUGGAGAUCAAGCAUACCAGGAAUUUUACAUCAGACAUAAAGAUGGCAGUCCAAUUAGUUCAGAACCAGAGCGUCAACGUGUAAUCCAGUGCUUACAGGCUGCCGUGGAAAGAAGAGCAUCUGAGGGUAUUAGACUAGAAUUAUGCACUGAGGACAAGCAAGGACUUCUGGCAGAGGUAAUGAGAACAUUCCGGGAGAACGGACUGAACGUGACGAGGGCUGAGAUAUCCACCGUAAUGGAGACGGCAGCAAAUGUUUUCUAUGUAACGGACGCAACCGGGAAUCCAGCCGAUCCCAAAAUCAUCGAAUCCGUGAGACACAAAAUUGGUCCAAGCAAUUUGAAAGUGAAAGAAUUACCCUUGACGCGUCACCAGACAGAAGAGAAAGAAGAACCAGAUCAAGCAGCAGGAGUUGGUGGGACAGUGCUGUUAUCUCUGGGUAGCCUCGUGAGAAGGAACUUAUACAAUUUAGGACUGAUCAGAUCAUGUUCCUAAAAGGGAAAAAAAAAAAAAAAAAGCAGAGGGAAUUUAGAAGCGUGCAAGAUAUGGGCAACUUCUAUACAUAUACAUAUAUCAACACGCACAAGAAGAUGCUCUAUUCUUUGCUUCAGGCUGUGGCUUAGUGUACAUAAGAAGCAAAGGUGAGGAAUUUGGUGAUAUGGUAGUUGUUAUUGUUAGCUUUGGGUUGGUGGAACUAAAACUAGAGUGGGCCUUUGGGGGAUGAAAAUAAUACAGCUGGAGUUUGAUGGGGAAAGUGGCCACUGCAUUCUAAACGCGUUAUGUGUGAGGGAAAGUGUUGAAUUGGGACAGAUGGGGGACUUUGACGAAAGAGGUCGUUAGUUAGUGGCCGGGUUUGUGAUCAGCAUCGGAUUUUUAGUGACGAAGACAGGUUUUGGUUAGGGGCACAUCACAUCCUAUUUCAGCUUUACACCGCACGCAACUCAUUUGUAUAUAAUGACUUCCUUAGUAUUAUUAUAGUGUUUCCCUUCAUUCUUUACAA